AUCAUCAGCGAGCAGAUUAUUCGUUUGGCACAAGGGAACCGCUUCCAGGAAAUGCAAUGCUUCAUGCUACAAGGCUCUGUACUCUCUCAGAGCUCGGAUGUAUACAGUUUAAAUACGAAUUUAAUGAUCUGAAAGUGCAGAUACGUUUUUUUUACGGGCCAGGCAUUGUUCUGCGUCACAAAUAUUUAAUUAGCGUAAAAAGUUAAAGCGUCCAGGUGCGUUUAACGUCAAUAGCUGCAUAAACUAGCUCAAUGGUUAAAGCACUUCUGUCCUGCAAGUAGAGGAAAAUGCAUCAAGUAGGACAUGCUCAGCAUCUGCUGCUGUCAGGCCCCUCAUGUGGCUGAGCAUGUGACUUUGUUUUUGUGAAUACUGCUGGGCCUCAGUGGGGAGAACUAACUCUUCAUUUUUGAACAGAAGAAAGAGACAAAGUCUGUGUGGACAUGUUAGGCCUUGUUUGCACCGAUAGUUUACUGGAUUACACCGAGGUUCUAUGAGAAAACAAAAAAAGGGAAAUCUGGAGCGGGGUUUGUCUCCUCCUUUCCUGGUAAUCGUUCGGCCGGAUAAUGAUUUGGCUUGAGACACGCGAUGCCGGAUCCACAGCCUAAGUAGUGCUGAGUGAAGAGAACAGAGAGCUGGGAGCUGAACGAUGGGGAAUAUAGCGACCAAGUUUCGAAAGGCGCUGAUUAACGGAGACGAGGUGCUCGCCUAUCAGCUCUACGAGGGUAACCCACAGUUUAAAGAGUCACUGGACCCCAACACCUCAUACGGAGAGCCUUACCAACAUAAUACUCCGCUCCACUACGCUGCUAGGCAUGCAAUGACACGGAUACUCAGGUCUUUCCUCUUUAGCAAGGAUGGCAACCCUAACAAGCGAAACAUACAUAACGAGACUGCACUGCACGUGCUUUGCAUGGGGCCACACAUCCUGAUGGCAGAGGGGACGCUCCAGCCGCGCCUGGCACGGCCCUACGAGGAUGAGCGGCGUCGUGCAGACUGCCUCCAGAUGAUCCUCAAGUGGACCGGUGCCAAGCUGGACCGCGGCGAAUACGAGAGCGCUGAUGUCAGUGCCACCGAUAACAAGAAAAACACACCACUGCACUAUGCAGCUGCCUCAGGGAUGAAGACGUGUGUGGAGUUACUCGUAAAGCGUGAUGGAGACCUGUUUGCUGAAAACGACAAUAAGGAGACACCAUGUGACUGUGCAGAGAAGCAGCAUCAUAAAGAGUUAGCACUAAGUCUGGAGUCUCAGAUGGUCUUCUCAACCGACCCUAACGCUGAGGACAUCGAGGCGGAAUACGCCGCUCUUGAUCGCAGGGAGUUUUACGAGGGCUUGCGGGUCCAGGACCUGAGGAGGCUGAAGGACAUGUUGAUAGUGGAGACAGCAGACAUGCUGCAGGCUCCUCUCUUCACUGCAGAGGCUCUCCUCAGGGCACAUGACUGGGACAGAGAGAAGCUUUUAGAGGCAUGGAUGUCCAACCCCGAGGACUGCUGCCAGCGUUCUGGUGUUCAGAUGCCCACUCCACCACCCAAAGGGUACAAUGCCUGGGAUACACUACCUUCACCCCGAACGCCACGCACCACCCGCUCCUCCAUCACGUCACCUGACGAAAUCAGCCUCUCGCCCGCGGAUGACGACCGCUCCUUGUGUGGUAUAUGUAUGUGUGCUGCUUCCAUGUUCGAAGAGCCUGUCGAUAUCCCGUGUGGCCAUGAGUUCUGCAGAUCAUGCUGGGAAAGCUUUUUGAAUAUGAAGAUCCAGGAGGGAGAGGCUCAUAACAUCUUCUGCCCAGCAUAUGACUGCUUCCAGCUGGUUCCUGUGGAGGUUAUAGAAAGUGUCGUGUCCAGGGAGAUGGACAAGCGGUACCUGCAGUUCGACAUUAAGGCCUUUGUGGAGAACAACCCUGCCAUCCGGUGGUGCCCACGGGCAGGCUGUGAAAGAGCAGUACGCUUAGCGAGGCAGGGGCCUGGUGCCAGCGCCUCCGACCCGCACAGCUUUCCUCUGCUCCAGGCCCCGGCUGUGGACUGCGGAAAAGGUCAUCUUUUCUGCUGGGAGUGUCAAGGGGAGGCUCAUGAACCCUGUGACUGCCAAACAUGGAAAAUGUGGUUGCAGAAAGUCAGUGACAUGAAGCCAGAAGAAUUGGCAGGUGUGAGUGAGGCGUAUGAAGAUGCUGCCAACUGUCUAUGGUUACUCACCAACUCCAAACCCUGCGCCAACUGCAAGUCUCCCAUUCAGAAGAAUGAAGGCUGUAACCACAUGCAGUGUGCCAAGUGCAAGUAUGAUUUUUGCUGGAUCUGUCUGGAGGAGUGGAAGAAGCACAGCUCAUCCACAGGAGGAUAUUACCGCUGCACUCGCUACGAGGUCAUCCAGCAGGUGGAAGUGCAGUCAAAAGAAAUGACUGUAGAGGCUGAGAAGAAGCACAAGAGCUACCAGGAACUCGAUCGCUUUAUGCACUACUAUACACGCUUCAAAAAUCAUGAGCACAGCUACCAGCUGGAAGAGCGUCUCCUGAAAACUGCCAAAGACAAGAUGGAGCAGCUGAGCAAAGUCUUGAGUGGAAGGGAAGGAGGUGCCCCAGACACUACUUUCAUUGAAGAUGCAGUCCAUGAACUGCUUAAGACUCGCCGUAUCCUCAAGUGCUCUUACCCUUACGGAUUCUUUCUGGAGCCCAAAAGCACCAAGAAAGAGAUCUUUGAACUUAUGCAGACUGAUCUAGAGAUGGUAACGGAGGAUCUUGCCCAGAAGGUGAACAGACCCUACCUCCGUACCCCUCGUCAUAAGAUAAUCCGUGCCGCCUGCCUGGUGCAACAGAAGAGGCAGGAGUUCCUGGCUUCUGUGGCUCGAGGCGUGGCACCCAACGACUCGCCAGAAGCCCCAAGACGCAGUUUUGCUGGGGGCACAUGGGACUGGGAAUACCUGGGUUUUGCAUCACCAGAGAUCCAGGGGAGUCAGACAAUUCUCGGAGGAAUUGAUCCGAGAGUCCACAUUCAAAAUGCAGGAGGCCAGCGGCAGGAGUAUGCAGAGUUCCAGUACAGACGCAGACACAGACAGCGCAGGCGUGGAGACAUGGCCAGCCUGCGCAGUAACACACCAGACUCCGAUGAGCCCAACUCCAGAAAUAUAGAUUCAGAGCAAAUUGGUUGUAGUCAGAGGCAAGGAUUACCCAUGCCCCACAGCUCAUUGGAUGAAGAUGAUCCUAACAUCCUGUUAGCUAUUCAGCUCUCUCUGCAGGAGUCAGGGAUGGCCAUGGGAGACGGAGGUGCUGUAGAUACCCAGGAGCUGCUUGCUCAGGAGGCAUCUCUGGGGGCCAUCGGCACCUCUCUGCCCACCAGACUUGACCCGGUGCUCCAUGGUGUGGAUGUUCCUCGUGCUGCACUAAGUAGUUCUGAGCUUCUUGAGCUCGGAGAUAGUCUGAAAAAGCUGGGCAACAUGAGCGGCCAGAACGUCCCGCAACGCUUUAAUAUUCUGGGUAAUCCCAGUUGCGAGACCACUGGAGGCCCUUUCCCAACUCCCACUGGACACACAGAAUCUGCUGAAUUAGACUCUGCUGACAAUGCUAAUCUCCUGGGCAACAUCAUGGCCUGGUUCCAUGACAUGAACCCUCAGAACAUCACUCUGGUUCCUUCAGCAACUUCUUCAGAUCCAGAAUUUGGCGCUCACCUCAGCGCCGAGCAGACAACAGAAAAGCCUUUCCAGCAGUGGACAGCAGAGGGCAAGCAAGAGGAUUGUGAGUAUAGCAGCACGCAAGAAAGAGAGCCUGUCAGACCCACUCAGCUGGACCUAGUGAGUGUAGACGUGCCAUCUGCAUCCGCUCUUGUGCCCCAGAUGAGCGAGACCCUUGGCGCCUCUCAGCCGAGCCACCACGAAGACGACCUUAAAUGUGACUCGGACCCUGAACAGCCAAGCAGCAGCUCUUCUGAGUGGGAGGGUCAAGUGCACCUUGUAUGAAAUCAAGCUCCCUGUUUCUCUUCCUCCUCCAUAACCACUUUUGAUGUGAAUAAGCUGAUGAUGACAUCAUUCGUGAGAUGGGAUUCAUUCGUAUAUAUGAACUAAUAGGAUUAGAAAUCGGCUGAAGUCCUAUUUAAAGAACACUGAAAUUGUCUUGAAACUUGUCUGGUGUCUCUUGCUGCAGGCCUGAGGUUUUUUUUGUGGACAUGAUGUGUGAUUUUUCUAAUUAGAAGCAGACAGCAUUUCACAGCCUUGUGGAGGUGAACAAUUAUUAAAAGGAAAGCAGUUAAACCAGAAACCGCCAACAGUACAAAACAGGCCCGGCUUUAGUCUGUGGCAGGAAAUGAUUAGGGUAGCGAGCUUCAGUAUAAAACUGUCGGCUCUUUUUCACAGAAAAGGUCUACUGUAUGGAUACAGGACUGUUCUGUUUAGUCUGACAGACUGGUUUGCUUGAAUGUCCUGUGCAACCUGAGCAGGUUAAUUUUUUCCUUGCUUUCUUUUUUUCCUGGAAAGACCUGCAAUCUUAGUGAUAGGUGUUACUGUAGGUGCCAUAAACACUGGUCAGCACAUGCAGAGUUCAUGCACCCAGUGGACAGUGUAUUGGCUGUGCCUGCUGCUGAGGGCUAAAAGCCCUUUUGUAAACACAACCCUUCCUUUAAACACAGUGUGUAGUAUUGGAGAAAUGAACUCUAGCACCUUCCUUUGGAGAGCUAAGCUGUUCUGAAGUGUUGAUCAUGGCGAGGGUAAAAAAACAACAACAACAAAACAAACAAAAAAAAAAACCGGUCGUUCCAGUCGCAAACUCUUAAUUUCUUUGGUCAAACCUGAUCACUGUAAUAUGCUACUGGUAUUUAAAAAUGGAACAUAACGUUGAAAUUCGUCCUGUGCAGGACCACUGCAAUGGUUACACUACGCAACUUAUUACAGUGCCUUGUCCCUGAACCUUCCCUCUUAUUUAUUGCCACAUCUCUCGAGUGCUCAAUGAACCGCUCUAGUUUUCAGUGGCAAUGGAAGUCAACAGUCUCCAGAUUUAGCAUUUGUAUUAACAUUUUUCUAUACUCUCAACCACCCUUUAGUUAGUCUCUGGGCUCCAUGUCCAGAGCUUUUUAUAAAACAAUUAUUAAUACAGGCUUGUGUGGAAUUACUGCUGAUGAUCAUUUUUUUCCCCCCCUGUAUCUUUUAUCCAGACCAGUUUAAGUGGUGAUAAAAUGAUUUGAGUGUUCGAGAUGGUGUGUACAGUACGUGAUGCCAUUGUGCUUCAUUGAUUAUGUAAAGCGCCAGACCUAAUAUAUUGUGAAAUUAGAUUUUCUAUUUAUUUGAAAUUGAAUGUCUUUCAUAAAAAAAAAAACUAAAAUAAUGGAUAAUGUACAAAAAAAAUUAAUGAAAGCCAAUGUUUUUGUUCAUGUGUCAAGGAGACGGUCCUUUCACAGUGCCACUUUAAAAAAAAAAAAAAAAAAAAAAAAGCGCUUUAAACUAAUUAAUUGUUACUACUGAGGUGAUUUUUUUUUUUUUAAAUAGCUUUUUAAGCAAACCAACUUCAAGUUUUUUUGUAUCGGCAUGUUUCUAUAGAGAAAAAAAACCUCCGGCUUAAUUCUCAAUUAAAAAAAAAAAUCCUGAAUGGCAGCAUUCGUUCAUGGCAUUUAGCGAAGUGGUAAAAUCACACCUAAUU